AUGGGAAGAGUUAUAGCUGGCAAGGCAUCAGACAUGGCCCCCGGAAGCCUCCACAAGGUCACCGUUGACGGCAGGGACGUCAUGAUUGUAAACCUGGACGGAACCUACCAUGCGGUUGACGACACAUGCACCCAUGCAGGCUCCAGCCUUUCGGAGGGGACGCUGGACGGAACCAGCGUGGUCUGCGGCUGGCACGGCGCGGAGUUUGACUGCACGACCGGCAAGCUUGCAAAGUUUCCCGUUGCCAUAAAGGAUCUGCAGCAGUACAAGGAGAAGAACAAGGGGACACUGACAGAGUCCAUAGCCACGCUCAGCCAGAUAGCCUCAAGCCCGGCGACGCCAAAGACCAUCAAGAAGAGCAUCGCGGACAUGGUCUCGGAUCUUGAGAGCGGCGAGUACUCGAUGGCCGUGCGCGCCGCAAACGCCAUGAGCGCCCUCGAGGACAUCACCCAGGAUCCCAACAUGCCGUCCUUUGUCCGGACCACCAUAUGGCAGGCCGUGGCCAAGCUGGAAGGCAUCAAGGACUAG